GACGGAUUUUCGAGACGGUCGCACGUGAGCCGAACGUGGAGCGCGUACGCGAGAUCGACGCGGCUAAAUUUAUCCUCCAGUCGCUGUUUGAAAGUGUUACGCGCGAGGAUACUGAACCUAAACAAGUGUGCGUCGGUCUAUUAAUAUUUCGUGCACAAUGUGAACAGUUGACAAUGUUUAAGAGUUCUCCCAUGAGACGUACCAAGUAAUUCAUCAUCAAUCGGAAACAUGCUUAAAUGUUAUGGCUGGUUUAGCCUUUCUUUUGCUGGUGUUGGCUCUGGCCCUUGCAGCCCCGGAUUGGACCGACUGUCCGAGCUCUUGUCGGUGCAAGUGGUCUUCCGGGAAGAAGACGGCGAUCUGUCAGAAGGCGGGUAUGUCUCAAAUUCCCCCUUUAGACGAAGACAUUCAAGUUUUAGAUUUGUCGGGUAAUUCCAUCGCGGCUCUGGCGAACGCCGAGUUUUUGAGCAUAGGGUUAUUAAAUCUGCAGAGGAUUUUCUUGUCCGACACUGGAUUACGCGAAGUGCAUCAGAACGCGUUCAAAGACCUGACCAUUUUGGUCGAGAUAGACUUGUCGAACAAUCAAAUUGGCCAGCUGCAUCCGUUAACGUUUACCGGUAACGUGAGAUUGAGGAUUCUCGUGUUGACGGGCAACCCGUUAAAUCAACUAGUAGCCGAACAGUUCCCCGUAUUGCCGCACUUGAGGACGCUAGAGUUAGAAAGUUGUCAAUUAGUCAAUGUAAAUAAAAAAGCUUUUAUACAUCUAUCGAACCUCGAGUUAUUGAAUCUGAAAAGCAAUCAGUUGAAGAGUUUGAGUGAGCGGUCGUUCAUGAACUUUCCGCAUUUGAAAACGUUGAUGCUGGACGGGAACCCGUGGCGAUGCGAUUGCGAGUUACGCGGCUUUCGCGAUUGGUUUUUGAGCAGCAGGCUGCACUCGAUACCUUUGACGUGCUCGGAGCCCGAACAGGUGGCCGCCCGAGAGUGGAACUACGUGGAAUCGGCGGAGUUUGCAUGCCCGCCCCAGGUGUUCGUCUCGCCGCAGAAUCAGGUGCAGGCCGAGGCCGGUGGCAACGUUACGCUGGGCUGUCGGGUGGUGGGCGACCCCGAACCGCAAGUCUCGUGGCAAUACGAGGGCUACGCCAUCAACCACACCUGGCUGGUGAUAGAGGCCGAGGAGGGCCUGCUGGACAAGUGGGCCAACAUCAGCGUCUACAACGUGAGCGACGUGGACGUGGGGGUGUACACUUGCGUGGCCAAGAACGUCCUGCAAACCGUAUCGAACAAUGUGACGUUAGUGUUGCCGGAGGUGAUGACGGCCAAAACGACCAGCAAAUCGGACGCCAGUUACAUUUGGUGGGGUGCGCUGAUAGGCAGUGUGGUUGUGGCAUCGUCUCUGGUGAUAACAGUUGUGGCUGUGUGUUGUGUGAGGUACCGUUCGAGACCGAAUCGUAGAGAUAUUAAGGCCAGUGUCAGUUUCACGGACCAAGAGAAGAAGCUGCUGGACGUGAGCAUAGCGACGACCACGGACCGCGGCACGGGCAGCAUGGAGGCCAUCGGUCCCGAGCUCGAGAUUUUAGACCCUCUGGUGCAUUUCACCUUGGAGCGGGAACCGCUGCCGAUGUCGGUGUCGAUGCCGGCGCCCAUGCCGAUGGCGGUGUUUCCGCCGCCACCGGAGUUCGGCGAACCCAUGCAGGAUCCCUACGGAAACUUCUACAUCUCCGUAGCCGCCCAAACAGAAGUAUCAUGGUAUGGCCACCAUGCCCAGGCGUCCUCCUCACGCGCCGCCCCGCCAACUUGCCAACUAUGAUAACAUGGGUCCAAGGGUGACGGCAGGGGGCAGUUCGACACUUUCUCUGCCCGGCUCUUCGGCAGCCAAUCAACCGCCACAAACCACCAAAACUCAAACUAAGGAGCUACCGCUACCGCCUCCCCCUCCCCAGCAGCACUGCGUAACCCUCACUCCAGAGUUCGUGUCUCUUUAACUCCCCCUGUGGUUUAUCUUCAAUUAGUGCCUUUUGCUCACAUCAUUAAAUUAUUCCUUUGUCUAUAACUACAUACGAUCUCAAAUCACACAACAAUCAUCCCCUAAAACUGACUGUUUUUUACACUAAAAUCUAUUCAACAUUCUGAUUCUGUUGUUUUUCAUUUCAAUAUACCUACUCAAAUGAUGUCAAAUCGAUUUGAAAAAUUUAGUUUUUCACAAAUGGUUCAGAAAUAUGAAAAGUCCCAUUUAUCAAGACAUCAUUUGAGUAAAUGGAAAAACAGUUUUGACCCUUUAAAAAAGAAAGUUUGUCUUAAAAUAUUUACUGGAAUUUACCUUUAUCCUUUGGGCCACUAAUUUUGUAUAUACAGG